ACCUAUCAUCAAUAUCUAUCAUUGAUAUCUAUUAUUGAUACCUAUCAUCAAUAUCCUUCCAUCCAAUGGUGAAAUCCAGAUUUUUUACUACCAGUUCUGUGAGCGUGGCUUGGUGGGCAUGGUGUGGCUUGGUGGGGGCAGCAGGGGAAGGAUAUUGCAAAAUCUCCAUUCCCACCCCACUCCAGGGGAAGGAUAUUGCAAAAUCUCCAUUCCCACCCCACUCUGGGGCCAGACAGAGGUGGUAUUUGCCGGUUCUCCGAACUGCUCAAAAUUUCCACUACCAGUUCUCCAGAACCUGUCAGAACCUGCUGGAUUUCAGCCCUCCCUCCUUCCUUCCUUCCUUCCUUCCAUCCAUCCAUCCAUCCAUCCAUCUUCAGCUAUCUAGCUAGCGAUACAUCUCUCUCUCUCUCUGGGCGAAGAAAACGGCUAGAAGAAUAGAUCCAGUGGGACAAAAGGGAAGAUAAUGAGCACAGAUAUACUGUAACAUCUUUCAACGAAUCAGAACUCGAGCACAAACAAAGCGCAAAUGUAGGAAAGAGGCUGGAGAAGCGUGAAAGAAACGCCAGACGGCUCCAUCUUCCGUCACCUGGAGUCCACGCCCGGCCGCCCGUCUCCAUGGAAACCACCCGCGCGCUUCUCAGCGACCGUUCUUCCUACUGUCUCGUGAGGCCCUCCUCGCGCGGAUUGCUCCUUUUCCUCGGGGCCACGCUCCACUCGCCAGGCGGCUCCUCUUCAGAGGGAGACGGGUUUGGUUCCAGGGGGGCGUCAGCAGCAGCAGCAGCAGCGGUGGCGUUCAUGUCACGAAGGCGCGUCUCCGCCAGCCCGGAGCUGAGCUGGCGACAGGAUCAGGCGCUGGGCACCACCAUGCGUAUCGUGCGGGAACUGGGCCCCACCGCUUUCGUCCUGCAGGAGGAAGAGCGGAGGGCGGCGGAGCUCAGGGUUUCCCUGGGGAACCCUCAUUCAUGCAGCUGCUCAGUAUUUCUGAAAGAGAAGGACCUUUGUAAACAUAUCUGCUGGUUAUUAUUAAAAAAGUUCAAACUUCCAAGAGACCAUGAAUAUGCUUUACAGAUUGGUCUGUUAGAACGAGAAAUUAACUAUCUGCUUCAAAAUCCACAACUUGCCCCCCAAGUAAAAGUAAUUGCCCAUUCUCUUAAGGAAUUGAAAACAGUUGAUGAUGGGUAUGUUAAACAAAAGAAUAUUGAUAAUGAGGAUAUAUGUCCUGUUUGCCAGGAUAUGCUACUUAAAAAGAUGCUUCCUGUUACUUAUUGCAGGUUUGGUUGUGGGAACAACAUACAUAUAGUGUGUAUGAAAAUUUGGAUUGAUCACCAACGAGAUUUAGAAAAAAAUUCUUUAGUGAAGUGUCCUCUGUGCAGGGAAAAUUUUGCACCACUGAAGCUUAUCUUGGAAGAAUUCAGAAACUGCAAAAAACUUGUGACUGCAGCAGAAAAACAAAGCCUUAACAAACACCUUGGAAUCCCUUGCAAUAAUUGCAGAAUACUACCCAUUGAGGGAAAUUGCUACAAGUGUACUGAAUGCAGCGAUUACUAUCUAUGCCAUGGAUGUUUUCAAAGCUUUUGUCAUCCGUCGCAUACUUUUGCUUUCCGAGAGAAAAGGAAUCACAGAUGGAAAUCAUUUGAACCAAAAGUGCAACUGUCAGCAACAGAAGAAAAUCUGAAGAUUAAUCCAGAAGAAAAAAACAAGGAACAAUUCAGCUGCAUACCACAGCAGGUACUGAACUCAAUACCCAAUAUGGUGAUUAGGAAGGGCAGCCCUUUACUUGAUCCAGGUUUACAGUGUAGACUCUGUUUGAAGAUAUUCUGCCUUGGCCAAGUCACAAGGACCUUACCAUGUAAUCACAAGUUCCACAGAAAAUGCAUUGACUGUCAGUUGCAGAAAGAAAAUGCAUGUCCUAUUGAUGACCAUGUUGUAUAUAAUCCAUUAACCUGGGAGACGGCACCAAGCAAAGACAAAGUAAAUCAAUUAGGGUCUCAAGCAAAGCACCUCCUUGCAAAGCAGCCUGGGCUGGAUCUUUUUAUACCAGGCACUGGAUUGUCUAUCAAACAAAUAAAGCCUCACUGUGUCACAGAGGUAUCUCCAAGUAGUUUUCAAGAAAACUGUAACAAGAAAAAAAAUUCUGCAGAGACUGAGCAACAUUUAACAUUAAAUGGCUUCAGCUAUCCUUGUACCAGAGAUGCUGGUUCUAGCUUGCUUAACACUCAAAAGCCAAGACAUUUGAAAUUUUCUAGGCAUAUGAAGGGUUUAGUCCUUAUUCCAAAGGCUCAUACUGAUAAAUUUACCGAUAAAGGAGUUGGUACUGAUUUAAGAUUAUGCGCAAAUUGAAAGACAGAUUAA